UACCAACUUCAGUUUGGUCGCUCGAAGGUUACUUGAACAAUCUUCAAAGGUCAAGCAAAAUCUUUCCAUAGAUUUUGCCUUUCAACGGUCCCAGUCAUUCCCGAUUCCCCAGCAAGACAAGCGUAGCACAUUGAUCCUCUUCUUCCACGUCACCAUGGUUAAGCCGUUAUCGCUGCUGCUACUUCCCGUACUGGCGCUGGCCCAGCAGCAGACCAGUAGCAACGACGUGCUGCUCACGAUGCCCGUGACCAUCGACGGGUCGCUUAAAAACCUGCAGCUACUCAAAGGCGAGAGCUUCGAGGACGCCGCAAUGUCCUUUGCUCGCUCCAACGGGCUCAUGGCCGCAACAGACGACGCUCAAGUGCGCGCCGUUAUUGACCAGUUGUCAGGUCUGCUUAAGGACAAGAUGCAGGAGGUGGAAGCGGCACAGCAACAGCAGACGCAGUCUAACGAGCCUUUGCCCAUUGUACAGCUCUCCAUCCCGCUUACCAUCGACGGGUAUACAGGAGAUCUCCUUAAAUACGAGACAGAGACUCCUGAAGCUGCUGUGGAGAGGUUUCUCUACGCCAGCGGCUUCAGUAUGGACAUCAUGAGGGAAGUGUACCCCCAAUUGGUUACACUAGUCAACCAAAAGUUGGAGGAGCUGCAACCUCCUAAAAAGGAACUUUUCGCCUUUACCUUGUCGCUGGACGGGAGGGAGAUCACAGUCCGACACUUUGAAGGGGGCAUCCCAAUGGAUGAAGCCAUCGAGACACUGCGGGUUAUUGGAGUACACGAUGGAGAGUUCAUGGACAGAGUGGCGCCACAGAUAGCCAACCAGAUCGUCCAUGAGAUAAACAAUAGACAACCCGCUCCGGAACACCAAGCUCAGCAGGUUGAAGAGCCAAUGCAGCCUCCACAGAGACGAGAGCUGUUCUCGGAGCCCCUGACACUGAAUAACCAGCCAGCGGUAAUGGUCCACUAUGAGGGAUCCACCGCUAGAGAGACAGCGGUGCGUUUCUUGAGUGAGAAUGGCAUUACGGAUGACGCGACGAUCGAGUCAAUGAUGCCACAGCUAAUUGGCAUCGUGGACGGUCGGAUGGCUGCGUUGUUGGAGCAAGAGGCGCAAGCAGCCCCAGCUCAGAAUCAAGCUGCAGCUGAGCAAUAUCAACAGCAGCGACAACCACUAGUGACGGUACCAAUCAGCCUGGAUGAACAGCGUCAAGCCAACUUGAACUACUUUGAAGGCGAUGAGGUUGAGGCUACGGUACAGCGGUUCCUUGUUGGUGUAGGCUUGGGCGAAAGCGAGGGAUUCAACAACAAUGUGGUGCAGCUUUCAGCUCUCUUGCGUGAACGGAUUGCCGCUAUCCCGCAGCAACAGGAAACGCGGCCACAGGAAACAACAGAGUCAGCGCAACCGACACGACCGGAGCCGCUGUUCUCCAUCCCUGUCACGCUUAGUGGCAACGUGUACAAUCUCGAGUACUUCGAAGGCCAGGAACCGCACUAUGUUGCCAAUUCGUUCUGUGUAGAGAAGCACGAGAUCGUACGUGCGGAAUUGGGCGUGGAAUUUGACGGAGAUCAGUUGCAAGCGUGUCAGAAUGUGCUGGUGCAGUCGAUUCUGAACAUCCUCCAGGAGCGACAGCAAUCGCAGGCGGGACAGCAACAGUCAGGAGAGUCCACUGCUGAAUCACCUGCCCAACCUGGGGCUGCAGUACAUACCGAGCCUGAAGCCCAGGUUCAAGCUGAACCGGAGACACCAGUGGAUCCGCGUGGUAUUCUUCUUUUCACACUCGAUAUCGAUAUGGGCGAUGGCACAUCGAUCAAAUUGCCAGUACACCGCAACGACAACCCUCAGGAGAUAGCAUCUGCCUUCUGCAUGCGACACAAUCUCGACCAAGAAAACGUCCCAGCGCUUGUGGAUGCCAUGCAGUCGCAGUUGAAAGAGCUACAGAGUAGCUAGACUUGGUUUACGUUGCUAAAAAAAAAGUGAUCGAUGGUCCAAUACGCAUUAACCUUUAAAGGCUAGAUCUAUCGACACUUUUGUGUCUCAACGAGUACACUGUUGUUUUACAGUAGAAACUUGUCAUCGUAAAUGAAUUCCUCAUAGCGCCCAAGAUUUUAAUUUACUGGUACAUUCGAC